AUGAAGCGAGAAAACUGGUUUCCUACUACAGCCAGUUACCUCUGUUCAGCUCGUUUUGAAGAGAAAUAUAUGUACCACACAAAUGUCCAGAGGCGCCGUUUGUCAAAACCAGUACCUACUUUCUUUAACUUUCCACCACAUUUACAAAAGCAAGAUAAAGUAUUACGACCACAACCCAGAAAGCGAUCUUUCGACAAUUUGCAAGAUAGUGCUGUUACAGUGACAUCAUUAGCACAAAUGCCUGUCGGAGCCACAUCUGUUUCUGCUGACCACAAUUACUGUCUACCAAGCCCUAAGAAGUUGAGAACACAAUAUAACAGAGUACAAGCAGAGAAUGUGCGACUAAAGAAGCGGAUAAAGCAAAUGAAGCAACUUAGUGUACGACACAAAAGAAGAAUAGUGCAGUUACAGACUUUAGUUGCUGGUUUGAGAAGAAGGCUAUGUAGUGCAGUUUCUGAUAUGUUAAACAGUGAACAUGUAGUUGAAAAAAUAAAGCUAGUAUGGGCUAUUUCAAGUAAGUCAAACGCAGUUACAAGGGGGCGGGACACAGCAGACGAAUGCCUUGACUAA